UUAAUUUCUUCCUCAAAAACCCAUCUAGUAAAUUCAUAUAGCUAGUUCAAUCAAACCUUUUUAUUUUUGGAAAAAAAAAUGUUAGGGAAAAAGGUGGUAUCAUUGAAGAAGCUAGCAAAAAAAGUGAAGGUUGUUGGUAUUGGAGGUGAAAAAGAAGCUUCUUCAUACAAUGAAUGUUUGUUAAAAGAGAAUGAAGAAGAAGAAGAAUCAUCACCAUCAUCCAAGACAAGAAGAACAAGAACACCAACCGGUUAUUUUGCAAUCUAUGUUGGUGAAGAGAGGCAGAGAUAUGUUGUUCCAACAAGCUACCUCACUCACCCUUUGUUCAAGAUCUUGCUUGAGAAAUCAUACAAUGAAUUUGGAUUCUCACAGAGUAAUGGCCUCAUUGUUCCAUGCAAAGUUUCCACAUUUCAAGAGGUUGUUAAUGCUAUAGAAUCCAACAAUGGCAAGUUUGACUUAGCCAAAAUUUUUGAAGAUUUUCUAUAAUAUUAUGUGCCAUCCUUUUUUUUUUCUAAUGGGCAAGUGUUAAGAUAUAUAUAGGAUACACUUGGCUAGAAUUAGAAUAUAGACACAUUUAUGUGCAAUA